GGGCCGGCCCUGCCUCCCGGAGCCUGCAGCGCUGCAGCGGGGCUGGGGAAUGGGAAGCAGUUCCUGAUCUGGGUCCGAGUGAGCGCAGCAGCUAGCAGCAGCGGCCACCCCAGCAGCCACUCCAGGUCCACCAGCUCCAUUCGCUCAGCAGCAUCCAGCCUGAGGAUCAGCGCGCUGCCUGCCUCCCUGACACGGGCUGGACGUUCCUGAGCACUGAGCUCAGCUGCUCUAAAAAGCAAGUAAGAAAACACACAGCUGGAUGAAAUUGAACAUGAUCAGAAGAUAGCAUCGUACACCAUGAUCAUGGCGCCCCGGAAGAGGAAUCGUCAUGCGUUGGGGUUUCUUUGUUGUUUCGGGGGCAGCGACCUCCCUGAAAUCAACCUCAAGGACAACAACCCACUCCAAUUUCUUGAGUUUUCUGUCCCAAUCCCACCAGCAGAAGAGCUCAAUGCCAGAUUCUCCGAACUUGUGGAUGAAUUGGAUCUCACAGACAAGAACAGAGAGGCUAUGUUUGCACUUCCUCCAGAGAAGAAAUGGCAGAUUUACUGCAGCAAAAAGAAGGAACAGGAAGAUCCUAAUAAACUUGCUACCAGCUGGCCAGAUUACUACAUUGAUCGCAUCAAUUCCAUGGCAGCAAUGCAGACUCUGUAUGCUUUUGAUGAAGAAGAAACAGAAAUGAAAAAUAAAAUAGUUGAAGACUUGAAGACAGCUCUGCGGACUCAGCCCAUGAGGUUUGUGACCAGGUUUAUUGAGCUGGAUGGCCUGAGCUGUUUGCUGAACUUCCUGAAGAGCAUGGACUAUGAGACCUCAGAGAGCCGUAUACACACAUCCGUUAUAGGAUGCAUCAAGGCACUGAUGAACAACUCCCAAGGACGGGCUCAUGUCCUGGCUCACCCAGAAAGUAUCAACAUCAUCUCCCAGAGCUUACAAACUGAGAACAUUAAGACCAAGAUUGCUGUGCUGGAGAUCCUAGGGGCUGUCUGCUUAGUACCGGAUGGUCACAAGAAAGUCUUGCAAGCCAUGCUUCACUACCAAGUCUAUGCUGCAGAAAGGACAAGAUUCCAGACGUUGUUGAAUGAGCUAGACCGAAGCAUGGGACGCUACCGAGAUGAAGUAAAUCUCAAAACAGCCAUCAUGUCCUUUAUCAACGCUGUUCUGAAUGCUGGUGCUGGUGAGGACAAUUUGGAAUUCCGGUUACACCUACGGUAUGAGUUUCUAAUGCUGGGAAUUCAACCUGUCAUUGACAAGCUAAGAGGACAUGAGAAUGCUACACUGGACAGGCACUUAGAUUUCUUCGAGAUGGUCAGAAAUGAAGAUGACCUGGAGCUUGCCAAGCGGUUUGACCUAGUACACAUUGAUACAAAAAGUGCCUCUCAAAUGUUUGAGCUGAUCAAGAAGAGACUGAAGCACACAGAUGCCUAUCCCUAUUUGUUAUCCAUCCUCCAACACUGCUUGCAGAUGCCAUAUAAGAGGAAUGGUGGAAACUUCCAGCAGUGGCAGCUGUUGGAUAGAAUACUCCAACAGAUUGUUCUUCAGGAUGAACGAGGAGAUGAUCCAGAUAUAGCGCCACUGGAAAACUUCAAUGUCAAAAACAUCAUUAAAAUGCUGGUGAAUGAAAAUGAAGUCAAGCAGUGGAGGGACCAGGCAGAGAAGUUUCGUAAAGACCAUGCCGAGCUGAUGAGCCGACUAGAGAAGAAGGAGCGGGAAUGUGAGACAAAGACCCAGGAGAAAGAUGAAAUGAUGAAGACACUGAACAAAAUGAAAGACAAGCUGCAGAAGGAGUCCUUGGAGCUGCGCCAGACCCGGGACCGGAUGAAUGACCUGAUGGCUCAGCUUAAUGAGUUCUCGCAAGGGGGCAGCAUUUCCUUCCCACCUCCACCCCCUCCACCUCCAGGUGGCCCAUUAGCUUUGUCCUCUUCUCACAUGCCUGAGAAUUUGCCACCACUGCCACCUCCUCUGCCCUUCUCCAGCUGUCCACCACCUCCAGCUCCACCACCUCCUCCAGGAGGACCUCCUCCCCCACCAGGAGCACCACCUUUCUUCAGCAUGGGGAUGCCACCUCCUUCAACAACCACCUUCAGCAGUGGCACCAGCCUGAAGAAGAAAUCUAUUCCACAGCCUUCACACCCACUGAAAUCCUUCAACUGGGCCAAGCUGAGUGAGGAGAGGAUCCAUGGUACAAUCUGGAAUGAGAUUGAUGAUUUGAAGGCAUUCAAGGUUCUGGAUCUAGAAGACUUUGAAAAAAUGUUCUCCGCUUAUCAGAGACACCAGGACCUGCUAACUAACCCCUCCUCCUGUAAGCAGAAAGAGAUGGGUUCAACAGAAGACCUUUACCUCUCCACACGGAAGGUGAAAGAACUCUCUGUGAUUGAUGGCCGGAGGGCCCAGAAUUGUGUCAUUCUUCUUUCCAAGCUGAAGCUGUCUAAUGAAGAAAUCAGACAAGCAAUCUUGAAGAUGGAUGAACAAGAAGACCUAGCAAAAGAUAUGCUUGAGCAGCUGCUGAAGUUUGUUCCCGAAAAGAGUGAUACUGACCUGUUGGAGGAGCAUAAACAUGAAAUUGAGCGUAUGGCCCGGGCAGAUCGAUUCCUCUUUGAAAUGAGCAGGAUUGACCACUAUCAACAGCGACUUCAAGCAUUAUUCUUUAAGAAGAAGUUUCCAGAGAGGCUGGCAGAAGCAAAACCAAAAGUGGAAGCCAUUCUUCUGGCAUCCAAAGAAUUAAUCCGAAGCAAGCGUUUGAGGCAACUCCUGGAGGUAGUUCUGGCCUUUGGGAAUUACAUGAACAAGGGACAAAGGGGAAGUGCUUAUGGCUUUAAAGUCUCCAGCCUGAACAAGAUUGCAGACACCAAAUCCAGCAUAGACAGGAACAUUACACUGUUGCACUACUUAAUUAUGAUCUUUGAAAAGAAUUAUCCAGAUAUCCUAGAUAUCCAGUCUGAAUUGCAGCACCUUCCUGAAGCAGCAAAAGUCAACCUGGUAGAGCUGGAGAAGGAAGUCAAUAACAUAAAGACCGGAUUGAAAGCCGUUGAAGCUGAGCUGGAUUACCAAAAGAGACGCAUGCGGGAAUCAGGGGACAGGUUUGUUCCUGUCAUGAGCGAUUUCAUCACUGUGGCCAGUUUCAGCUUCUCAGAAUUAGAAGACCUUCUCAAUGAAGCUAGAGACAAGUAUGCCAAGGCACUGAAGCAUUUUGGAGAGAAUGAGGGCAAGAUGCAGCCAGAUGAAUUUUUUGGCAUCUUCGACACUUUCUUACAGUCAUUUGCAGAGGCCAAGCAAGAUCUGGAGAAUAUGAGGAAGAAAAAGGAAGAGGAGGAGCGCAGGGCACGCAUGGAGGCCAUGCUAAAAGAGCAGAGGGAAAAAGAGAGGCGACAAAAGAAAGCACAAGCUGGAAGCAUCUCGGAAGAGAGUGGGGAGUUUGAUGACCUGGUGUCAGCAUUAAGGUCAGGUGAAGUCUUUGACAAAGACUUAUCCAAGCUGAAGCGUAACCGCAAGCGUUCAGGGAACCAGGGCUUAGAGACAAGCCGGGAGCGUGCGGUGACAAAGCUAAAUUAUUGAUUACAAGAGGAAGAAAAAUAAUCAACCAAAAGAAGGUGAUGAAAAAGUGCAAAGCAAGGAAGAUGAAUGUGUGUGAUGGCACCUGGCUGACAGCUGCCCCAAAGGAUUUCUUUGGUCUGCGGCUAGAGAUGCUACCUUUCCAUGGUCAGCUUUUCUCUCAUCCCUCUUCUGUGCUCCUAAUUUGAACCAUUAUAAAAGUGCCUCUGUGAAGCCAGCAGGGCCUGUGACUGGACCAUGCAGAGCUGACAGUUUUGCUUCUGGGAGUUUGUGUCAUCGAAGGCCUCAUGGUGAUGACAGAAAGUACUUAGGCCUUGCAGACUGCCUCACAGCUGGAGAAAGAUAAUUGUCUUUGAGCUGAAGUGAAAGCUUGUCAUGACCUCCAUCUUGCUGAUAACAUGCAAGACUGAUUUCAGAGCAGCUCUCUCAACACUUGUUCCUUCUUCAAGAUGUAGACUGACCUUCAGGGGCUUGCCAAGAUCUGGUUCUGGAAGUUUCCAGUUGCCUUCCAGAACUGGAUUUUAUAAACCACCAAUUAGCACCUGAAAAAUGCUUUUGAUGUCAUGUUCCAUAGAGUGCUUUUGUGUGACAUGCACAGUCCAAAGCAAGUGAUGCUGAGGAGGAACUAAUCAGUUUCUAUACACAGUCCAAAGCAAGUGAUGCUGAGAAGGAACUAAUCAGUUUCUAUACACAGUCCAAAGCAAGUGAUGCUGAGGAGGAACUAAUCAGUUUCUAUACACAGUCCAAAGCAAGUGAUGUUGAGGAGGAACUAAUCAGUUUCUAUACAUAGUCCAAAGGAAGGGAUGCUGAGGAGGAACUAAUCAGUUUCUAUACACAGUCCAAAGCAAGUGAUGCUGAGGAGGAACUAAUCAGUUUCUAUACACAGUCCAAAGCAAGUGAUGCUGAGAAGGAAUUAAUCAGUUUCUAUACACAGUCCAAAGCAAGGGAUGCUGAGCAGUUUCUGGCACAAAUUUCAACUCAAGAAUGAAGAUCAACAUAAAAUACGUUGCAGAAAUCUAUUGGAUUCUCUUUGUCUAGAAGCAGUUUUCUGGGGUUUGUUGAUGAUUGAGCCUUGAAGCUGUGACGUGCAUGUUCUAGGAAAGAAGCUUUGGCUUUUCUUCAGAAAACUAAGCCACACCCAGGUUGAGAUUACAAGCAGAUGACUGUGGAGCCUGUUAUUGCUGGAGGGUGGUAGGGGAACAGAAGAACAUGUCUUACCUGUUUGUACAAGAUUCCUUCAUGCAGCCCGGAGGAAAUCAGAAGCUCCUUAGUGUCAUCCACCAGUCACAAGUAGCAAAAAUCAAACUGGGACACUGGCUUUGAAACAUGAGAUUUGUUUUCCACUUGAUGCCAACUGUGACUGCUGCUGGCAUGAACUGGCCUUUCUGUCUAACAUGCUGAUCUUCACUGCACACACCCUGCUCCUGUCUAGGGAAGCCAUGUAACUCAGUAAGAUAUGAAUGGUGUCAAAGGAAAGCCUUGGAGCCCACAGCCUUUUUCAAUUUGGAGGGAUCAUGUGGAAUAAACCAACAAGGACAUACGUGAAGAAAGCUGAGAAUUUUUGCAGGAGGACCCAGAAUUGUGUAAGCCAAACAGACUUUGGAGCUUGGUUAAUUUGUAAAAAGAUAAAUUCACAUUUAAGCUACAUGUAUGAAUCACACAGUGAAAAAGCAAAGAACAACAAAAAAAGUUGGCUUUGGUUUUGUUUGGUUUGUAUUAUCUUCACUGGAGAAAGAAAAGAGGAAAAGAAAGAAAUGGUUAUGGAUUCUUCCUCCUAGACAAGAAAAAGAGAACAUGUAAGAAGAGGGACCCUCCAUCUACAAACUAUGCAUCAAUAGUCAACAGCACAAAAUGCCAAGGCAUUCCAGGGAAGUGAAAAGAGCCCUGUUUGUCACUUUAAUGACUUGGUCUGACUCUCUUUUUCUCAAUGUCACCUAACCUCAGGCUCUGCACUGAGUCUGCAGAACAGAACUUCCUCUGCUAUGCACACUGCCUGAUCAGUAUUACGCGCUAUCGGGAUUGGAGAAGCAAACUGUGGUUGAUUUUCUUAUGUCCUAUGAAAAGAAGCAACAACAACAACAACAUCAAAAAUCAGAAUUGUUACCCUCUAAUGCUUCAUUGUUUACUGAAUUUUGAGUCUCCCAGCCCAGAUUUUUUUCUAUUAACAACGUUCCAGACUGCCGCGCCGCUGUAUAAUACUCAUCGUAAAGAGCUGGUAUCUUACAAGAGCUGGAUGCAUUCUCCUCCCCUACUAUCCCACUCCCCUUCUGGGAUUAGCUAUUAACAGCAAUGCCCAUUGCAGUGGACACAAGCACCUUGUAGAUGAAAGACUGUGUUUUGUAAAGGUUUUUGAAAGUUUAAGGGAAACUCUUGACUUUUUAAGGCAUUUUUAUUUUAAAUGACAAGAUGGGUUUUUAGGAAUGUCUCCUGUAAAUUAAUAUAACAAGCUCCUUGCUGCUCCCUAAAGUAGACAUGCUAUAUUCUGGCCCUUUUUGUUUGUCUUGGUUUAAAGCAUGCCAUAUAACCUAUGCCAUGUAAGCCAUAUGAGAGGUGAUCCUAUGUGCCAAAUUGGUAUACGGUCGAGUUUAGAUCUGGAUAAUCCCUGAAUUCCAAAGAUGAUACUUUUAGGGAUUAGAAAACUGUUGGUUUCUCCCCUUCCUUUUUUCUCUUUGGGUUUAGGACUCACCCAGAAAUUCAGGUGUAGUACCCAGGUCAGUCCUGGUGUGAAAUGAUGUGAGUCGUGGCUCUGUCCAACUUGCAGCUGCUUGCUUGCUCCCCGGGUACUUGUUUGCUAAGGCAGACUGUCAGCGUGACAGCGCCGACAGAGAAGAAACACCUCAGGGCAAACCUCUUGGUUAUAAUUACAGCAUUCCCUCUACCCCCA